AGGAUUUGAACCCAUGAUACAAUCUUCUUGAAUGUUGAUUUAGGUAUUAAGCAAACGAAUGGCUUAAGCCACUCAGCUAUACCUUUAAGUUGUUGGAGUCUUGCACUCUUGUUGACUAGAAUUAGCUAAAAGUCCAGGGUGUUAAAAGGUCGAAGAUAGAAAUCAGCCUGAAAUGCAGCCCAUGCAUUUGGUAAACUGAAAGGCUUGAUGGUCUCUGUGGCUUAUUUGCUCAGCGUUAUAGGAGUGUUUUCAUUACGGCUUAGUCAAUAAGCCAUUAUGACAAAAUGGCUACAUAGAAUAAGUCAGGACCCCUCACUUGUCCCCAUUAAGCCACCUCAAACAAAUUAAUACCAUAAAUGCUCUAGAAAUAAUCCAACCCUCUCUCUUUCCCUUCUUCAAACUCAUCGUUCUCCUGUCUCUUAGACGAACAAGUUUAUCCGGAAAGACGACUUAACUCGUACAGGGCUUAAUGGAAAAAAAGGUAAACAACCCCUUAAUUUCAUAGUGUCCAUGAUGUGUAACGAAACUAUGAAAAAUGUUUGUAUAGUUAUCUUCUUUGACCAUUCUUAUUUCAUGAUGCCUGCUCUUCAAGCUUAGUGAAAACCUUAGCCCCAUAAAGUUCAUCCAAGAGUUCCCUUGUUUGAUUCCAUGCAGUAUGUGCACAUUCUCCCAUGUGCCAUCCUUUCCUUAACCGACAAAACAUGGGAAUUAUAAUGGAGUGCAUGAUCUUUAAAUAGAGGAUCUCCUUAGAAAGGCUUUUAAUCUCAAAAUUUAUGAAAAAAUUGGACGUUCGAACAUUUUUUGGCUGUUAGCCUGUUAUCACUCCUUUGAUGGAUUGGACGUUCGUAACAUGUCCUUGUGGUGUGGGUAUUUGAAGGCUUCGUUUGUGCUUAUCUAUUAAGCUUUUGUAUUCUCUUGGAAUAUUUACCCCCCCUGCACUAUUGUCUAGUAUGUGUUGUAGUCAUGCAAAAAUAGCACUUGGAUAGUUCAAUAGGCGAAGUACUUUCUAAUACUUCUCUAUGAGCUUUGACGCCAAUCAUUGUGAAUUUGUGUCACCCAAGUAGCAAUAUAUAGAUCCAACAAUCAGAAAUGGUGUACAAAUGGUGAUCUCUUUUCAAAAGAAGAAGAUGAGAGAUAAGAAAUGAGGAGAGAAGAAUUUUGCUCCGUAUAUCAUGAUUCAUGCAUACGACCACUGUUCAUGGCAAGACAAUAUUUAAUACAAAGGCCACACAUGAUGGCUCUCUCUUUUAUCUCUCUUUCUUUUAACCAUCUUUAACAAUUGAUUACAUUGAAAUAAUUACUUACAUCAAGUAAUAUAGGACAACUCUGUUAACCUUUAUUGAGCUCUACUUUGCAACAGAAGGGCAUCAUAGAAACCCUUAAGAGGAGUGACAAGAAAUUGACACUGAAUGUAAGGGGUUGGUAGCACAUUAUUGGUGGAGUUACAUCUGACGUUGAAGAUUUGAAGUACAUAUCCGUUUCAUGAAGUUAAGAGGAAAAGAGACAAAAAGAAGGAGGUUACAACAUUCGUGGGUUCUGUUCCUAUAAAGCCAAGAAAGCCUACUGAUCAGGUAGUUCAAGGGAUGAAGCCCAACACAUAUUUAGAUCGUAACCCUCGAAGGGCAGGCUUUGGCCGGAAUAAUGCACCUGAUGCAGGAGUAACUAGAGAGUUUCGAGUUGUGAGAGACAACAGAAUUAAUCAAAAUGGGCAUAGAGAGAUUAAAUCACCUGCUAAUAGCUCGGUGGUUGUGUCCACUAAAGAGCCGCCAAUUUCAAACGUCUCUGACAAGAGUUCAGCUGAAACCUCCAAAAAUCUAAAAUCACCGACUGGACAUAAUUCCACUCAGUCCGUGAGUCUGCCGAUUGGUUCGCUCUCCAAACAAGUAAAGGGCGUUAGUCCAAGUGGUUCUGAGAGGAAUGAGAGGUCAGGUGGCAAGAGACCUCUGGUCUCGAAUGUUGCUCCACCUGUGCAAACAACAAAAACACAUGAUUCUCAUCAAUCUUCUGUAACAUCACCCAAUAGUUCGGUAGUAGGAGUCUAUUCUUCUUCUUCAGACCCGGUUCAUAUACCAUCUCUGGCAUCCAGACCAGCUGCAAAUGUUGGGGCCAUCAAACGUGAAGUUGGGGCAGUUGGUGUUCGGCGUCACACAUCUGAAAAUUCUGCGAAGCUGUCAUCGGUGCAGGGUGGUUCUGGAUCGAACUCUCAAUCGGGAAGAGAUGGCCCCUCCAGAGAGCAAUUUAGAUCUUUUCCUGCUGUAUCUAAGAGUGACCAACCAUCUCAAUCCAAUUCAUCUGAAUCAGUGCCAACCAUAUCUGCUGGAAGGUCCUUCAAUAAUCAGUAUAGUAGCAGACCACAUCAACAAAUCGUGACUCAUCAAAAAGCUCCCCAAGCAAACAAGGAGUGGAAACCAAAAUCGAGUCAGAAACAAAGUGUUACUGACCUGGGGGUUAUUGGAACACCUAAAAAAUCCGUAUCCUCUCCUGCCUACGAAUCUAAGGACUUGGCUUCAGAAACAGUUCCAUUACAAGAUAACUUGACGCAUGCAAGUACUCACGAGGAUCAAAAUGUGAUCAUCGCAGCACACAUUCGAGUCUCUGAGAUUGACCGUUCUCGCUUGACUUUUGGCAGCCUGGGAAUUGAGGUGGAGUCUUCUCAGAAUUCUGGAUAUCAAGAGGCCAGGCAUGUCGAAGAACCACAAGUUGAACCUUUGACAAGUUCAUCGGUCGGCUCUCCUGACUUGUCUAGUGAUGAACCAUCUGGUAGCAAACAAGUGGAGUUGGUAGAUGAACGAGUCCAGAGUUCUGGUUCCAUUUCUCCUGCAUCUGGCACAACAUCUGAACAACAAACGAUCGAUAGGCUAGAGUCUUCAAGUCCCCAAAACAUGGAAAACUACAACGACAUUGGGCUGGUUAGGCAAAGCAGCCCAUCAUACACUCCUUCAGAUCCCCAACAGCAGCAGCAGCAGCAGCAGCAGCAGCAGCAGCAAGUCCCUUCUGAAUUGCCAAGUUUCUCGCAGGCAUAUGAUCCUCAGGCUGGAUAUGAUCUAUCAUAUUUCAGACCGGCUGCUGAUGAAUCCCUCAGGGGCCAAGUGCUACAAAUCCCUCAAGAGGCUUUUAGUUCUCAUGCCGCUAACACCAUCCCUGCAACCACAAUACCGAUGGUACAACAACAGCAAGCUCCCGUGGCCCAAAUGUAUCCACAAGUUCACCUUUCUCAUUUUGCUAAUCUUAUGCCGUACCGCCAGUUUCUAUCUCCGGUCUAUGUUCCACCAAUGGUGAUGCCGGGGUACUCUAACAAUCCAACAUACUCUCCUCACCCCUCUAGUGGUAGUAGUUACCUUUUGAUGCCCGGGACUAACUCACCACAUCUAAGUGCAAAUGGAUUGAAAUACGGAAUUCCACAGUAUAAAUCUCUUCAAGCUGGCAGUCCUACUGGUUUUGGGAACUUUACUAGUCCUACUGGAUAUGCGUUAAAUACGCCUGGAGUUGUGGGAAGUGCAUCAGGGUUAGAUGAUUCAUCUCGGCUUAAGUACAAAGAUGGGAAUGUUUAUGUUCCAAAUCCUCAGGCCGAGACAUCGGAGCUUUGGAUGAAUCCGAGGGACAUCCCAAGUCUACAAUCAGCGUCGUACUACAACAUGGCCGGUCAAACCCCUCAUGGCGCGUAUCUCCCUUCGCACACAGGUCAUGCUUCGUUCAACGCAGCUGCGCAAUCUUCCCAUAUGCAAUUCCCUGGCUUAUACCACCCUCCGCAACCUGCAGCAAUAGCAAAUCCACAUCAUAUGGGUCCCACGAUGGGUGGGAACGUUGGGGUUGGAGUGGCGGCAGGAGCUGCGGGACCCCAAGUCGGCGGGUAUCAGCAGGCUCAAUUGAGUCAACUGAGUUGGACAGGGAACUUUUGAAACGCUUAUGAUAUGACUUGUUCUUGUAUGGGGAUUGAAAUUAGUUAUAGAAGCGUUUUUCAUGUUUUGUUUAUGAAAAAAUGGACCUUACAGGCUUUUCCCCUAUCAAUGCAUAAUGCGUUCAUCCUGUUGAAGCU